AUGGCUCACAGGCUCCGCUUCUCCUACUGGCUGUUGCUCUGCUGGGCGGCGCGAACUGUGGCGGCAGGACAGAAAGAGGGAGCCACCCCUCCUGCAGACUUGCAAGAUAACGGAGGCCCUACGGACUGCCAGGUCUUCACACUCACCCCUCCGCCCCCCAGGAGGAACCCGGUGACAAGGAUCCAGCCCGUCACAAGGACACCAAAGUAUUUUCCCAGGGGAAGGCUCUGGAGAGGAAGCUCAUCUGAGGAAAGCAGAUGGAAAAGAGAAGUCCCAAAUACGCGGAAGCAAAAGAAGCCACUGGCGCAGAGAAGACUCUAAACCGAUUUCUGCUUUCUUCUUCCAAACGAAACCAAAUGGACUUGAAGUAUCUUAAACACCACAGACUAGAAAUUGUUCUUCUUGUCAGCAGGGAAGAUACUGGUUUAUAGGUUAUUGAGGUUUGCUAAUGGGAGCAGUAACUGCAUUACUUUACUUUAUCCCCGACUGCUAAGAUCACAGGAUAUUGAUGCAAAUAAAAUCCUACAACAGGUGGUUCUGGGAAUUCCUAUACAUACUGAGGUGACAGAAGAAUCAGCUCUC